CGACUCAACGCGAAACAUGUCCUCACUUUUCUGCGUGCUGGAGGAAAACUAGACAACCGUGUAUUUUCACAAAUCCAGCCUUUAAAAUGUUUAGAUUACAUCCGACAAUUACGAACGUUAUAUCAUCGAGGUACAGUAAUGGCUGAUGGUGAUUGAUUCAGCAUGGAUACUGUUUGCUGUGAUUUCUCCUGAUGUUUCCAACACUUCUGACAUCAUGUGAAGGGAUCCAGAGAGGAUGAAGAGGAGGGGUGAAGAAUACUUACAUAAAGAACCGUGAUGGAGUCUAUUCAGUCACCUGACAUCCCCAUGGACAGGUACUUCAACAGCACCUGGAGAAACCCGUACGGCCAGGAGACUGUCCCGUCACUUUUCAACAGCUCCUUCCGCCUCCAGCACCACAACAGCUUCCACAACAUCCUACUAGGUGUCUUCCUGGGCUUCCUGUCGCUGCUCACGGUCAUCAUGAACAUCCUGGUACUUUACGCUGUGAAGAAGGAGCGUACCCUCCACACGGUGGGCAACCUCUACAUCGUCAGCCUCUCCGUGGCGGAUCUCAUCGUCGGGGCAACCGUGAUGCCCCUCAACCUGGUCUAUCUGCUGGAGGAUGAGUGGAGGCUGGGGAGAGUCGUCUGUCAGUUCUGGCUCAUCAUGGAUUAUGUAGCCAGCACAGCCUCCAUCUUUAGUCUGUUUAUACUUUGUCUGGAUCGGUAUCGGUCCGUUCACGAGCCGCUGAAGUACCUGAAGUACCGGACUAGAGGGAGAGCUAGCGUUAUGAUCUCAGGGGCCUGGCUAAUGUCCAUGACAUGGAUUAUUCCUAUACUAGGGUGGAGGUCCUUCGUUCAGGUCGACCUCAAACCGGAGAUGGAGAAUAAGUGUGACACUGAUUUCCGGUUUGUUACGUGGUUUAAGGUUUUAACUUCAGUGUUUAACUUCUACCUUCCGUCUCUGUUGAUGCUGUGGUUCUACUCACGCAUCUACAUGGCUGUGAGACAGAACUUCAGAGAGAGGGAGAGGAUUAUCAAUCCCACAGAUUCCGUGGUGGACAACAAGAUCGGACACAAAGUCCAAACAGGAAAUAGCCCCUGCGAGUCUAAGAAAGAAAGAAACUCAGACUUUGAUCAGUACACGUUAGACCAGCCAUACGACUCCACAGAUACAGUUGAAACCAACGCACCCAAGGAACCCAAGUCUGGGAAAGACUCUCAUUCCACUCAUUCAGUGCUCAGAAUGACAAAACGUCUGAGGACGACUGUAAAGGACAAAAGAAAGAGCGGCUCUUCGUCUUUCCAGCAGAAGAAUUCGGACUCGGAGACCCCUUUGAACCUGUCCUCUUUACCUCUUGGCUUCACAAACUACGACGACGACAACGUUCAGAAACUCUACGUAUCCGUGAACGACUGCAAGGUAGCCGUGCCGCCAAACUCUGUGGCUGGCGUCUGCGAGAUAACUCAGAUAUCUGACAUGCAGAGAUACACCACCAUGUUCUACAACAACGAGUUCACCCAGUCUGUGAAUUUGUCCCCGUCACCAUGUCUCCAUAAUUCACCCGAGUCACCCCAGCCCCAGGAGGACUCAGAGCCUGAUGAUGGUGCUAACCCGGACGCUGUAGCCAACACUGUGACUCUAAAACAGACCUGGCAGAAGUUCUGUGUCCAGUCCAGGCAGCGUAUCCAGAGCCUUCAGGUCCAUAAGGAGCACAAAGCGGCCAAGCAGCUGGGCUGUAUUAUAGCUGGGUUCAUGAUGUGCUGGAUCCCCUACUUCAUAGUCUUUAUGGUCAUGGCUUUCUGCCAAACCUGUGUACAUCACAACCUACAUAUGUUCACGAUAUGGCUUGGGUAUAUUAACUCUACCUUGAACCCGUUCAUAUACCCACUCUGCAAUGAGAAUUUCAAACGAGUGUUUAAAACUAUCCUACACAUUAAUUUGUGAUGAAAAGUUUUAUGAACAUGAGUGGCAUUUCAAUGUAUUUUCUUGUGAUGCUUUAACUUGUAAUAUGUGUGUUUGAAUGUUUUGAGUGACCUCAAUUUGGUACCUUAAAUGUGUAUAAUUUUGUAAAUAUAAUGCUUAUUAUUUAUUGUCCGCCUAAAUAUUUUUGUACACUAUCAGACCCAGACCCAACAUUAUCGUUCCUACUCUGUGAAAAGACAGAAAGCAUUGCAGCUCUGUAUUUAUGUAUUAUUUAUUCGAAUAACUCUGCUGAAGAAGAAAACUCUACUGAGAAGAAGAACUGCAGAAAAUAAUAACUCUGCAAAAGGAGAAUAACUACAGAAUAAGUAUACCUGCAGAAGGAGAAUAACUGCAGAAGGAGAAUAACUGCAGAAGGAGAAUAACUGCAGAAGGAGAAUAACUGCAGAAGGAGAAUAACUCUGCAGAAAAAGGCACAGAGACAGUUUCAAUACAAUCUGCUUCAAGUGCUUGUCCAUUUCUGGUGAAAACAGAAAUGUGUC